AGUUUUGACUACAGAUGAUAAAGAUAAUAGUAUUCCUUACCUAAGCAGUCAAAAAGAUACACUUCUCCUUAAAUCUCUCUCUUUCUCUCUCCUCUGCACUGAAAGAAAGCUUGACUUGUUUUGGUUUUGGUUUUGGUUUCGUAAAAGAAGUCAGGAAUCUGCAAAAAUGGUGGAAGGUGGAAUUGUCAAGGCAGACAAAACAGAGUUUACAGAAUGUUUCAGAACCAUUGGAAAAACUCCUUAUAUCAUGCGCCUUGCCUUUUCUGCUGGCAUUGGAGGCCUUCUCUUCGGCUAUGACACAGGUGUUAUAUCUGGGGCUCUUCUUUACAUCAGAGAUGAAUUCAAAGAGGUGGAACAAAAAACAUGGUUGCAGGAAACCAUUGUGUCCAUGGCAGUUGCAGGAGCAAUUGUUGGAGCAGGAGUUGGAGGGUGGCUAAAUGAUAAAAUAGGGAGGAAACCGACAAUUAUAAUCGCUGAUAUUUUAUUCUUCAUUGGUGCUAUAAUCAUGGCCCUUGCUCCUGCUCCAUGGGUGAUCAUACUUGGAAGAAUAUUCGUUGGUUUAGGAGUCGGAAUGGCUUCCAUGACUUCACCUUUAUACAUAUCCGAGACUUCCCCUACCAGGAUCCGAGGUGCUCUUGUCAGCACUAAUGGUUUGCUCAUCACAGGAGGCCAGUUCUUAUCAUACCUCAUCAACCUAGGUUUCACUCAGGUUAAGGGGACUUGGAGAUGGAUGCUUGGGGUGGCUGCUGUUCCUGCAUUACUGCAACUUAUCUUGAUGUUGUCCCUUCCAGAGUCUCCUAGAUGGCUUUACAGAAAGGAUAAAGUCUCAGAGGCAGAAGCUAUCUUGGCUAGGAUCUAUCCUCCUGACGAAGUGGAAGAAGAAAUGAAAGCACUCAAGGCAUCGGUUGAUUCUGAAAGAGCAGAAGACGGAUCAGUUGGUGGAGGUAACAUAUUUAGCAAAGUAAAGACUGCUUGGGGAAGCCAAGUUUUCAGAAGAGGGCUAUAUGCUGGAGUCACUGUUCAAGUGGCCCAACAAUUCGUAGGUAUCAAUACAGUCAUGUACUACAGCCCCACAAUUGUGCAGCUAGCUGGGUUUGCCUCAAAAAGUACUGCUAUGGCUCUCUCUUUAAUCACCUCAGGACUCAAUGCAGUUGGGUCGAUUGUCAGUAUGAUGUUUGUUGAUAGGUAUGGAAGAAGGCGGCUUAUGAUAAUCUCUAUGUUUGGCAUCAUUACAUGCCUUGUUGUCUUGGCUAUUGUUUUCUAUCAAGCUGCAGCACAUGCUCCUAGAAUCAGUACUGCAGAAUCUACGCAUUUUGGAGUUAACUCUACUUGUCCUAGUUUUACCUCUGCUCACAAUCCAGCAACUUGGAACUGUAUGACUUGUUUGAAAGCUAAUUCCGAUUGUGCUUUCUGUGCCAAUCAAGGAAAUCAGUUGCAUCCAGGAGCAUGUUUAUCAAAUACAAAUGGCUUAAAAGCAGCAUGUCAUGGGGAGCGAAGAGAGUAUUUCACAGAAGGCUGCCCUAGCAAAUUAGGUUUUUUAGCAGUGAUACUCCUAGGAGCAUACAUUAUAUCGUACUCUCCAGGGAUGGGAACAGCACCAUGGAUCGUCAACUCAGAAAUCUAUCCACUCAGGUAUAGAGGAAUUGGUGGAGGGAUAGCUGCCGUGGCAAACUGGACAUCAAACCUCAUAGUCAGCGAGACAUUUUUAACGCUAACCAAAGCUUUAGGAUCUGCAGGCACCUUCCUUUUGUUCGCUGGGUUCUCAGUCAUUGGGCUUGUGUUUAUCUACUUCUUGGUGCCUGAAACCAAAGGCCUACCUAUCGAGGAGGUGGAGCUUAUGCUAGAGAAGGGAUAUAAACCUAGGCUUUUUGGUGGAGUAAAAAAGGAGGAGAACAAAGCUACUGAAUCUUGACUAUUUGUAACAUGAUUGCGCCAAGAAUCAAAUUCUUCGUCAAUGGUUCUUUAGUUUUUGUAGAUAUCCCCUUUGCAAAUGGUGAGAAAACAAUCAAAGUUAAAGCAGUCUUCAAUUUUUGCAACAAUUGCAAGUGGAUUUAUGCUUGUAUAACCUAUAUCAAUACAGGACCAAUGUAUCUUGGAUUUUCCCCUAUUAGGUAGAGAAUAACUAGAAAACACUCACACAGUCUAGUUUUUAAGUAAACAAAUGAAAUUCAAAGUUUGUAAACUAUAAUUACACCUACUUUCACAAUUUUUGGUUCAAAACAUCGACAUUGUUGAUUUAUUUCAGAAGAAAAGUGUGUAUACUUUUUUCCUUGA